CCAGCAGUGCUGCAGGCGAUUGGUAUUUUGUUUCUUUCUGUUUACGUUCUGGGACCUGCAUGUGGUACUCUGACAAAUAUUCAUUCAACAUAGAUAAAUCUUAUAUGCAGUUGGCCCAGCCCAUCGCCUGCUGAAGAAGUGCUGGAUGAAAUGUAUGCUUUGUCACAUUUUUUUAGCACUACCAUGUAUCACGUCUACGUACUUCUGUUUAUUAUUUGUUGAUGUCAAUGCAGAUGCUCUGGGAGAACACCUAUGGUCAAUUCAGAUGAUGAAGAGAGCUGUGGCUUGCUCAGUCCAACCCCGACUGAGGCUGCAGCAUCUUCCGGGUCCAACAGUGGCACAAACAGAGCCCAGCCGCCAGCGCAGCCUUCCCAAGUGCGACUUUCCUCGGCACCACAGUCUCGUAAAAGAAGAAAGAAUGACACGUUUGAAGAAGCUGUACAGGAAGCACUGGGUAGCUGCAGCAGCACACUGAGCAGGAUUGAGAGUACUAGGAAGCUUGGAGUACCUAGGACCGAAAGCCCACCAGACGAAUGCCAGCAGGCGGCCAACUGGAUGGCCACAAAGCUGCGAAAGUUUCCGGCAAGGAAAGGCUCAGAGAUACUAUUUAAGAUCCAUUCACUUAUUUUUGAGGCCGAAAUGGAGCUGCCCGAAUGAAUACCGUGCUAUAUUCCGGCAAUAAAGAAUGCUCUCCAAUUUGUGCAGCAUUAUUGUGAAUUUUGGCGCCUGCAAAAUAUGUUUUGAGCAAAUGAUUGAAAA